AUGGAGGAGGAGACGGGGGAGGAGCAGAGUGAGGAGACGGGGGAGGAGCAGAAGGAGGAGACGGGGGAGGAGCAGAAGGAGGAGACGGGGGAGGAGCAGAAGGAGGAGACGGGGGAGGAGCAGAAGGAGGAGACGGGGGAGGAGCAGAAGGAGGAGACGGGGGAGGAGCAGAAGGAGGAGACGGGGGAGGAGCAGAAGGAGGAGACGGGGGAGGAGCAGAAGGAGGAGACGGAGGGGGGGGGAAGAAGGAGGAGACGGAGGGGGGGGGAAGAAGGAGGAGACGGGGGAGGAGCAGAAGGAGGAGACGGGGGAGGAGCAGAAGGAGGAGACGGGGGAGGAGCAGAAGGAGGAGACGGGGGAGGAGCAGGAGGAGGAGACGGGGGAGGAGCAGAAGGAGGAGACGGGGGAGGAGCAGAAGGAGGAGACGGGGGAGGAGCAGAAGGAGGAGACGGGGGAGGAGCAGAAGGAGGAGACGGGGGAGGAGCAGAAGGAGGAGACGGGGGAGGAGCAGAAGGAGGAGACGGGGGAGGAGCAGAAGGAGGAGACGGGGGAGGAGCAGAAGGAGGAGACGGGGGAGGAGCAGAAGGAGGAGACGGGGGAAGAGCAGAAGGAGGAGACGGGGGAAGAGCAGGAGGAGGAGACGGGGGAAGAGCAGGAGGAGGAGACGGGGGAAGAGCAGAAGGAGGAGACGGGGGAAGAGCAGAAGGAGGAGACGGAGGAGCAGAAGGAGACAGAGAUGGGCACGAUUUAUAUCUGAAGCACGUGCACAGUGCCUCUGACUUCACAAAUGGCAAAGUAGAGCACCCAUUCAGGGAACAGAUGGAAACAUACCAGAAACAAAACAGUGGAUAUCUGUUCAAGUAG